AACAAUUUUGACAGAAUGUUACAGUAUAUUUUCCACAGUGUGUUAGUGGUUUGGCUUUACAAUUUUCUCCUUGACAUCCCCUCUACUUUACACGUUUUUCAUGAAGUGUUUUUCCCAUCUAAUCUUACGUCCAUAAAAACUUUUGAUGAUGAUGUAUUUGGUCUAGUGAAGUAUAUUAAGAACAACUAUACUUCUUGUACGAAGUGUCAAUUUAAGUUAAAUCCUGAACAUACUGUACCUGUGUUGGAUGAUGAUGGUUUCGUGAUUGUUGACAGCCAUGCCAUUAAUACAUAUUUAGUAGCCAAAUACGGAAAAGAUGACUCUCUUUAUCCAAAAGAUAUUAAAAAGAGGGCGAUUGUCGAUAACAGACUUCACUAUGAUUCAAGUACUUUGUUCGUUAGAGGACUUACAAUUUAUAAAGGUUUUCUCUUCGAAGGUGAGAAAGAGAUUGCCCCUAAAUUACUAAUAGCGCUCGAAGAAGCAUACAGUAUAACAGAAAAAUUUCUGGAAAAUAGUAACUUUAUCGCUGGUGACCAUCUAACAAUAGCUGAUUUCUCUUUUAUUACUUCCAUUACUGGAUGGAAUAUGUUUUUCAACUUAAAGGAAGAAAAAUAUCCCAAAAUAGUUGCUUGGAUGAAGAGAAUGCAAGCUCUGCCUUACUACAAUGAAGCAAAUCAAGUUGGUCAAGACCACUUUUAUAAAAUUGUUAAAGACAAACUUCCAAAGUAGAGUACAUCUGGUUUGCUGCUGAUCACUGUAUUUUUUCUUCAAAUUUUUAUUUUUAGAUACAUUAUUUUAAAUCUGGUUUAUGAUUUUACAAAAAAAACGCACCUGUAUCUGACGGUUCCAUGACAUAUCGUAUCACAUUGAUUUGUUACUGGAGGUGGUUAUCAUAAAAUAUACGAAUAUUUAUAUCUUUAA